AUGUCUUCAUUUUCAGUUGAAGAAUUCAUAGGAAAUGGAGUUUUAAAGGAACUGCUCCAAAAACUGUUGGAAGAAGGUUGGGAUGAUGUACCAACACUGAAGAUUAUGGGGACAGAAGACAUGGAUUUAAUAUACAUGACACAAAAGCAAAAGGAAGUACUUGGAAUGAGAUGCUACCUGCAUGAUAAAGGAGUGAUGCAAUAUGCUGAUAAGAUGGAGGAAAGUGGCGAAAAUCUGCUAGAGCUUCUCAAACUAAGCAGUAAUGAUCUUGUUUCGAAAUUCGAAAUGAAAAGAGGCCACGUCGCUCGUUUCAUUAACAAAACAAGAGGCGAUGAUUCUCUUAAGCUACAAAAACUUCCUCUAAGAAGAAAAACAAGCAUAGUAAUACAUGGAGAUGAUAGCAUCAUCCCGAAGAGUAAUGUAUCAAAUUACGCGUCAAGUAACAGUAGUACUACAAGAUCGAAUACAAGAAGCAAUGCAGGUUCUGAUGAGCAAUCGAUGAUUAAAGAUGGAUAUGUUUUUAAAGGGAUUGUAGCUUCUGAGCCAGCUGAGCUUAGAGCAUGUGGUUGUCUGAAACCACCUCAAGUUAGCGACCAAGUUGCUAAUUAUUGUGCUGUUGAGAAUAUUUCAGUUCAGAAAUUAACUCCUGAGUAUAAGAUUGGCAUGGAACCGUUGUUGAAAUUUAAAACUCCACCGUUGAAGGCUUCUGAACUUUGGCGAAAUAAACCGGCUGUUUUCUUGUGUCUUCGAAGACCAGGGUGCAUCAUGUGUAGAGCUGAGGCACACCAGCUUUAUUUAAGAAAACCAGUAUUUGAUUCACUUGGUGUUCAACUAUUUGUAGUUCUUCACGAGGACAUAGAAUCUGAGGUAAAAGAUUUCUGGCCUAGAUACUGGGGCGGCGUGGUAGUUCUUGAUCGUAGCAGGGAUUUCUAUAAAGCUCUUGGUGGUGGAAAACUACUUAAAGAGAAUUUUAUAUCAGGGUUUUUGCUGAAUCCAAAAGCACUUUCUAAUUAUAAGCGAUCGAAAAGUAUGAACAUUGAGUAUAAUUUUAAAGGUGAAGGUGAAAUAAAGGGUGGAUUGUUUAUUAUAGGGAGUGGAAAGAGUGGCAUUGCUUAUCAGUUUAUAGAGAGAAACUUUGGUGAUUGGGCACCAUUAGCUGAAGUCAUUGAAAUAUGUACUCAAAUGCAGAAGGUAACAAGAGGGUGA